AAAAACUUACAGUUUUAGUUCAACAACAGAUUCCAGUGCUGCUGCAAACCUCGAUAAAUCUGUUCUUAAGGUAAUGAUAAAUGGUAAUCUGGAGAAAAGGAUUAUUGAUGUAAUCAAUGACCAUAAAAAACAAAAUGAUGACAAAGGAAUGAUUUCCAAAAGACUUACUACUAAGAAACUACAGGAUGUAUAUAUGGCUUUACAAAGAUUCUCUUUUAAGACUGAGCACAUUGAGGAAGCAAUGAAAAAUACACUUCUAUAUGGUGGUGAUCUUCACUCUGCACUUGACUGGCUUUGUUUAAACCUUCCUGAUGAUGCCUUGCCUGAAGGUUUUAGCCAGCAGUUUGAAGAACAGCAACAGAAACCUAGAGCAAAAUUUUGUUCUCCUGCAUCACGACAUGAACCUCCACCUCGCAUAGCAGAUAACAAGAAGAAAGAAAAUGGCCCUGAAACUAAGGAGAGGAAUGUGGGGAAAGAGAAAGAAGUGACUAUGAAGGAAUGGAUUUUGCGAUACGCUGAACAACAGAGUGAUGAAGAGAAGAAUGAGUCUGUGAAAGAGACAGAUGAAGAAAAGUUUGACCCAAAUGAGAGGUAUGUACAUCUGGCUGCCAAGCUUUCAGAAGCAAAGGAACAAGCAAGUGUCUCCAAGCAAGACAAAGACAAGCAAGGCCAGAAGGUAGCACAGGAGAAAAUAAGAAGAAUUCAGCAAGAAAUGGCAAUACUUGAAGAACAUCCAGUAUUUAAUCCGGCUAUAAAGAUUUCAAACCAACAACAAAAUGAAAAGAAAAAAAAUCCCUCACCUCCACCUCAAGAAACCACUUUGAAUUUGAGCUUGCUUGAAAAACCUGAUGGUGCUGCAAAGGAGGACAAAGUGAAAAAGAAAGAACCGCUAGAUGUAAGAAAUUUUGAUUAUAGUGCUCGAAGCUGGACUGGUAAAUCUCCAAAACAAUUUUUGAUUGACUGGUGCAGGAAGAAUUUUCCCAAGAGCCCAAAUCCGGCUUUUGAAAAGGUUCCUGUUGGAAAAUACUGGAAAUGUAGGGUCAGGAUUACAAAAUCAGCAGAUGAUGUAAUGGCUAUGUGUCCUACAAUCGUAACAGAAGACAGUAUGCAAGCACAACACCUAGCUGCUACUUUGGCACUCUAUCAUUUAACCAAAGGACAAUCCGUUCAUCAGUUACUGCCUCCUACCUACCGAGAUGUCUGGCUAGAAUGGAGGGAUAUUGAAAAGAAAAAGGAAGAAGAAAACAAGAUAGAAACCAACAAACCCCGUGAUAACUUUAUUGCUAGAUUAUUAAACAAAUUGAAACAACAACAACAGCUGCAAUCUGAAAACCAACCAAAAGUAUCGGAUGGUCCUGAAGAUUCCUGGGAAAACCUAGUUUCUGAUGAGGACUUCAGCAAUCUCUCCCUUGAAACCUCCAACACAGAUAACUUGGAACCUUCAAGGAUUUUGUUCAAAAAGCUGCAAAGUUCCUCCAGAUACCAGAGGCUUCUGAAAGAGAGACAGGAGUUACCUGUGUUUAAGCACAGAUACUCGAUUGUAGAAACUCUUAAAAAACACAGAGUAGUUGUUGUGGCUGGUGAAACAGGCAGUGGGAAGAGUACCCAGGUGCCCCAUUUCUUGUUAGAAGACUUGUUGCUAGAUGAAGGAUCCAACAAAUGUAAUAUUGUUUGCACACAACCCCGAAGAAUCUCAGCAGUGAGUCUGGCAACCAGGGUUUGUGAAGAGCUAGGCUGUGAAUCAGGACCGGGAGGAAAGAAUUCCCUCUGUGGAUAUCAAAUUCGUAUGGAAUCAAGAACAGGAGAAGCCACCAGACUACUGUACUGUACAACAGGUGUCCUGCUUCGGAAACUUCAAGAAGAUGGUCUUCUUUCAAGUGUAUCUCAUGUCAUUGUAGAUGAGGUACAUGAAAGAAGUGUCCAGUCUGAUUUCUUGUUAGUUAUUCUGAAGGAGAUCUUGCAUAAGCGUUCAGACCUGCACCUGAUUUUAAUGAGCGCUACUGUAGACAGCGAGAAGUUUUCCAGCUAUUUCUCACACUGUCCCAUUUUAAGGAUCUCGGGGAGGAGUUACCCUGUUGAGAUUUUCCAUGUUGAAGAUGUAAUUGAAGCAACUGGCUAUGUUCUGGAGAAAGACUCAGAAUAUUGUCAGAAGUUCCUAGAGGAGGAGGAGGAAGUAACAAUAAAUGUUUCUAGCAAAGGAGGAGGCACUAUGAAGUAUCAGGAGUGUGUCCCAAUCCAGUCUGGGUCUGGUAUAGAGUUGGCUCCUUACUAUGCAAAGUAUAGCAGUCGUACACAGCAGGCUAUCUUCUAUAUGAACCCUUACAAGAUCAACCUUGAACUUAUUUUGGAGCUGCUUGCAUACUUAGAUAGAAGUCCCCAGUUCAAGAACAUUGAGGGUGCUGUGCUGAUCUUUUUACCAGGCCUUGCCCAUAUCCAACAGCUGUAUGAUCUCAUUUCAACUGACAGAAGGUUUAACUUGCGUGACAGGCACAGGUUGAUAGCUUUGCAUUCUGUUCUUUCAACUCAGGAUCAAGCAGCUGCAUUUACAAUACCUCCUCUUGGUAUUAGAAAGAUUGUUUUGGCAACCAAUAUAGCAGAGACAGGUAUUACGAUACCAGAUGUUGUCUUUGUAAUUGAUACUGGGAGAACAAAAGAAAAUAGGUACCAUGAAAGUAGUCAGAUGAGUUCCCUGGAGGAGACCUUUGUUAGUAAAGCUAGUGCUCUGCAGCGACAAGGAAGAGCUGGGCGUGUUAGGGAUGGAUUCUGCUUCCGAAUGUACACAAGAGACAGGUUUGAAAGUUUCAUGGAAUAUUCUGUUCCAGAAAUACUGCGUGUGCCUUUGGAGGAAUUAUGCCUUCAUAUAAUGAAAUGCAAUCUUGGCUCUCCUGAAGAUUUCCUUUCCAGAGCAUUAGACCCACCACAGCAGCAAGUAAUUGGUAAUGCAAUGAACCUGUUGAGGAAGAUUGGGGCUUGCCUGUUAAACGAGCCCAAGUUGACUCCAUUGGGCCAGCACCUUGCAGCCCUUCCUGUCAAUGUAAAGAUUGGCAAAAUGCUUAUAUUUGGUGCUAUAUUUGGCUGCUUGGAUCCUGUGGCAACUCUGGCUGCUGUUAUGACAGAAAAAUCCCCAUUUACUACACCAAUUGGUCGAAAAGAUGAAGCAGAUCUUGCAAAAUCAUCUCUAGCAAUGGCAGUUUCAGACCAUAUAACAAUCUACAACGCUUAUCUGGGGUGGAAAAGGGCUCGGCAAGAAGGGGGGUAUCGUGCUGAAAUGACUUACUGCAGAAGAAAUUUUCUUAAUAGGACUUCACUGUUAACUCUGGAGGAUGUGAAGCAAGAACUCAUUAGGGUGGUGAGAGCAGCUGGGUUCACAGCACCUACAACGCAACGUGGAUGGGAUGGAAAUGGAGCCACACAGUCCAUGUCUCUCCACGAAAUAGCUCUUCUUAAAGCUGUGUUGACUGCAGGGCUGUAUGACAACGUGGGAAAAAUAAUAUAUAUGAAGUCUGUGGAUGUCACAGAGAAGCUGGCUUGUGUGGUAGAAACUGCUCAGGGUAAAGCACAGGUGCAUCCAUCCUCUGUAAAUCGAGACUUACAGACAUACGGAUGGCUCCUUUACCAGGAGAAGGUGAGGUACACCAAGGUGUAUUUGAGAGAGACUACUUUAAUAUCGCCCUUUCCCAUUUUGCUUUUUGGUGGGGAUAUAGAAGUCCAGCAUCGGGAGCAUCUCCUUACAGUUGAUGGCUGGAUCCAUUUUCAGGCUCCGGUAAAGAUAGCAGUAAUUUUCAAACAGCUGAGAGUUCUCAUUGAGUCUGUUUUAAAGAAGAAGCUUGAAAAUCCUAAAAUGUCACUUGAAGAUGACAAGGUCUUGCACAUCAUCAAAGAACUGAUAAAAACAGAGAAUGGUAACUGAAACCAGAAAUCAGUAACAAAGAGCUUCAGUAAUGGCAGGGGAUAUUUACUUCUGUUGAAACCGAAAGUGUUUAAAUGCUUAGUGUGGUUGAUACCAGCCAUGAUGUGGAAAGACUGCAUGAUUUUGCUUAGAAUUUACUUUUAUCACUUUUAAAGAUAAACGUUGAAUAUGUUUGAGUCUUUACAAUACAUUUGGUGCCAUCAGUCUGACUGUAUGAAUGAUGGAUGGAAGCAGUUUCUCUUCAGUGUGAAAAGGGCUGUGGUGAAUUCCUCUUUUGUUUCAUGUACUAAUCAUACCAUCACUGGUGGUGCAGACUGUAGUAAUGAUUAAAAAUUGGGUCCUGAAUCUCAGUUGAGUAGAAUUCUAUUAGAUGUGUGCAAACAGAAGCAAACGUUUCUUAUGUGGGUUUCCUAAGCGGUGAUUUUUUUAUCUAUGAAUUUACAGUAUUAAAGCAAUACAUCUUAUAGAUGUCUUCAUUUUUCUGUAUGGCUUACAGUAAGAAGUUGCAUGGACUGUUGUGGUCAGGUGCUCAGCUGACAAGUGUACUGACCAGCAGCCCUUCCCCAUCCUCUGCCUUUUCUUGUGCUUGUUCCUCCCUAUUCACCCUGAUCCUUGUCUCUCCUUGCUACUGUAGUAAGUUUGCCUUUCCCUUUCAUAUGUUGUUUUGCACGGUCCUGUAAGCCCCCUCAAAUGAUGAUCAUUGCUUAGGGACAUGGUUUAGUGGUGGGAUGGCAGUGUUAGGUUAACGGUUGGACUUGAUGAUCUUAAAGGUCUUUUCCAGCCUAAACAAUUCUGUGAUUCUAUGAUCAUGUUUUUCCCCCUUCAUUGAUCAAUGUUCAGGUUGACUCUCCUCAAGGCUGUACCAGAGCUGUUCCUUUAAUGGCUCAUCAAUCAGUGGCUGAAGCCUUCUGGUCUUCAUUAUCCUCUCCUAUCACUUGCUCCUUAGUGUUUGUGUGUCUGUGUGUUCCUUGGUUUUUUAUUUCCUUUAUUCUGAAUACUCCUUAACCAGAUAGCUUAAUGAACCAGAGGCUUUUACAUUCCACCUAUCCACACCAUUUACAAUUAGGAAGUGAAUUUUAGACCACCAACUCAGCUUUCAAGAAUGAGGAGUAUUUGGGGGGGGAAGAGUUUGCCAUUAAACAAUUUCAGUUCAGGCAGAAACUCUGUAUGUACAGGCAGAGGCAUAGUGCAGAAGAUAAUUUUUGUUUUAAUAUCAAAGAUACAGAUUUUGUGCAGCAGAGGUUAGUGUACAGAAAGGGCACUGAGGGAAAUGCAAAAUAUGUGGAGCUAUCCAAUUAGACUGUUGUAGCAAAACUGGUGGUACUGCUGUGCUGAGAGAAACAGGCUGAAAGUGAACCAGCUUGUGUGUGUUAACCCUACACUCAAUGGUGGAAGAGGCAAGUUCUCCUAUUACUAGUUUGCGAAGAACUUUGAGGGAAAAGUGAUCACAUCUGUUAUCCUUUUAUGAAUUGUAAACUAGUAGUAGUUCUGGUUUCCUAGAAAAGACAGGAACUGUCUUUGACAGGAAUUGUCCUUGAGUUGUUCUCCCUUAUAUAGCUGUGAUGCAUAGAGAGGUUUUGUUCCAUAUAUCAUUCAUGUGUGGUAAUGUUGAAAUUCAGGGGCACUCUUUGUGUUCCUCUAGCAUGCCCUGCUCUGUAAUCUUUUAAAGAAACAGCUGCUUUCAGUUGUUACUAAGGGGAUAUAUUGUAAUAACUGGGAAAUUGCACACUCUCCCAAGUGAGCAACAGUUUUCUGCAAAACAAAUGAAACAGGUCACACUGUGGUGUACAGAUAAGCACAGUUAUCUUAAAAUUCAAAACAAAAAAAAAGGCUACACUGGCUUUCUGCUUCUGCAGUGUACGUGAGCAACUUUUGUGCCUGUGCUCUUUUGGGUGGAUGAACUUUCUCUUUUGUUCCAUUUAUUUAAUAAAUACUUCUGUUAACACCUUUGUGUAUGUCCCAAUCCAAUCUCGGGGAGGUUUCGAUACAAUCCUAAGGACAAGAUUAAGACACUAAAUCCAGUCAGAUGUCAUAUAACCUUUCAACUUUAUUUCCAAGGUGGAGGGAGGAGGUAGCCAUGUGAGGAGGUAACCAAGGGGGGUAAAUGGGAAAAAACAAGAGAAAAAAGGAAAGGAGGAAUGAGAGAAAAGGAGAGAAUGAAAGGGAAUGGGUUUAUGUCUGGGAGGACGGAGGGAAGAGAGAGAAAGAGAUAGAAAGGACUAGCUCCCA